CUAAUGGGGAGUAGUCAAUCUCAAGAUAAUGAAGACCUGUGGAAGCAAAGAGAGGAGUAUUAUGAGACACUCUCCGGAAAUCCAACCCUACAGAGCAAAACUAGCAAUUUUGGGAGAUAUUCAACAGGCUCAAUGAAGAAAUUUGAGAAUUCUGAUGAUGAUCAAGGAUUUUAUGAGUCUUAUGAUUCAUCUAAAAGCCACAGAAACAGGAAUCAAAAUACCCAGCAGAGUAGAUCUUGACUUGCUUGCUGAGUGUCUGCAAAGGUUGAGUCAUUAUAUGAAAAGCCAUUUAACAGGUUUCUCAAAGACAAAAGUUGGCUAAAUACCCUUAUCGAUGGGCUGAUGGAAUUCUCUAAACUUCAGCAAGGAUUGAAGGAAAUCGCCAAUUAUGUAAAAUCUAAUCAAGAAAUCUUAAAUGAAAAUAAACAGAAUUUUUAUGAUGAAAUAGAACUGAUCAGGAUUAAGUACGAAUAUGGAAAAUAAAGCUGCAUGGAGGUACCAAGACACCUGUGAAGAACUAGAUGACAACUUUGUUAGGACAUUUAUCGAUAACAAUUUUGAAUGUAAGAAUGAUCUUGACACUUCCUGUAUUCUAGAUUUUGUGGAAUAUAAGAAACCUGAAAGAAUGAGCCAAGUCUCUUCGAGCAAAGCUGAUUUCAAUAUAGCAGACCAGUAUGGUGAAGUUAGUGAUAAGACUAAGGCUUUAAUUUUCUGCAUUAAGAAGCAAAUAAAUAAUCAAAGCCAUCCUAUAAAUCUUCUUAACCAAGAAUUCGCGAAAGUUUUCUGUAAAUGAUACCAAAAACUUGUUGAUAAGAAACAAGCUUCUUCUGUGAAACUAAAGAGUAAGCUUAAGGAGCUCAACCAGAGAAUGGUAAUCCUUUCUGGUGCAGAUACUAGUUUUAUCAAAAAGAAUGAAUCAGAUGAAGCUACAAAUGGUAGUAUUGGGCCUAACCUUAGCCCAAAGCAUAAUAAUAUGCUAACCAGUCAAGUCAUAGGAGACGUAAAACAGUUUAUCAGCUUGAUGUUGAAAACUACUAAAAUGUUCUAUCUUCCAGUUCUCCGUGGCUCAGAGUUUAGUGAACUUAGAGAAGAUUUUGUAGAGGGGAUUACAAACCUUAUUCUCAGCAACGAAGUAUAUAAAAUAGUAUUUAGUUUCCUCCGACUAGAGUUUAGAGACCUGGAAGAGUGUCUCCGUGAGAGAUACAGAGAGUUCACCCAACUGACUCCAUCUGAGUGCAAAGUCGAUGAGUACUUUUGAUGUGAUGCAACAUCCCCAAUUUUGAAGAUCCAUAAAGAUAUAUGUCAUAGCAAUAAUGAAGCAGUUGUUUCAGAAUUAACUAGUAUUAACAUGGAUAAUCCAAAUCGAAUGACAUUAUCCCAAAGGAUAAAGAAGGAACUCCCUAAAAGUUUCAUUUUUCAGAGACAAGACAUGCUUAAGGAUGUGCCUGAUACUUUUGAGGGAAAGCAAGACUCCCAGAGCUGAUUUGAAAUAAUUGAGACUGAAUAUGAACACCGAAGAUCAAAGUCUUUUAACAAUGUAAGGAAAUCCUCUACCUCAACUGCUGAGAUAACUCAUUCCCUUCCUAAGAUCUGGGAAAUAGAGAACAGGCUGAGGCAGAAGCCUUAUCAAAAUGCAAUUUCUAAACUUAAGGAGAUAAACAUAUGAGAAGGUCCCAUGAAAAAGGUCAGACUACUAGAAAAGGUAAAUACAAUAAUAAAGAAGGACAUUGAAAAAUUUUGGGAAGGGAUUCCUGUUGACCCAAAUCACUUAACGAUUACCCAUGAUACCAAAAUUCCUCUGUAUAUCUUCCUAAUAAUCAGGUCAAAAAUCGUGAAUCUAGCUGCCAAUAUUAAGUUCAUUAACGAGUUCACAACAUCUUAUGUGCAUGGCUCUCACCUUGGCAACAACUUAGCGCUUUAUGAGAGUGCAAUGACGAUUGUUGCUGAUAACGAGAAGAACUACAUUAACAAUGUAGCUGAACAGAAGAAAGUCCAUAAGCAAGCUACUUCUCGAUUUGGGUCGUUUGCCACUAGUAUCUUCAAUGAAGAUCUAGACCCCUUUUUUGAAUUUGAAAACCAGGGAUCUUUUGUUGUUGAAAAAUCCUAAAAAUUAUUUCUAGAAGAUUAAGAAUAAUAUUUAUAGCAAUAAAUAAUCU